AUGAGCUUCCUUUCACGCCUGGUCACGUUUUUUGGAAUGGUCCUGCUGAUCCACGCAGGCUACUCCGCUCACGAACACACCGUGCUCUUCAGCAACACGAGGCUGACCUCGUCGACUGCCCUCCCCCGGGACAUUGUCGCGGAAGUCUUCGUUGCCGUUGUGAUCGUCUCUAUCGGACUGGUUCUGGGUGCGGAAAAAUUGAAGCCGAUCAGCUGGCGUGACUGGGCAGGCGAGAUUGAGAAGGAGGGCGGUGUGCGCAAUCCGUACCUGGGUCUCGAGCAGCGUCAUGGGUUCUGGGAUAUUCGGGCGAAGCGAAGGGAAUUUGCAGAAUGGGUUCGGGGAGAUGAUAUGGUGUCGAAGAAGUGA